AUGCACAGAGCAGCAGCGGUAGCCUUCCGAGCCUGGCUCUUGGGAUGCGUCCUCCACGUGACCACAGGAGCCGCGAUUCCAGGCCCAAGCGGCCACCAGGUGCUCAUCAUCGGGGGCAGGGACUGUAGGCCGCACUCGCAGCCCUGGCAGGCCGCACUGUUCGACGGGAAAGCCUUCCUGUGCGGGGGUGUCCUGGUGCACCCGCAGUGGGUGCUGUCGGCUGCACACUGCUACCUGGACUCCUACACCAUAGGGCUGGGCCUCCACCGCCUGUCCUUCCAUGAACCAGGCAGCCAGAUCAUCAAUGCCACAUUCUCCGUGCAGCACCCAGACUACAACAAUCCCACACACGCCAACGACCUCAUGCUCAUCAAGCUGAACGAGCCGGCCAUGGAGUCUGAUGCCAUUCGCACCAUCGGCAUCGCCUCCCAGUGCCCAGUCCCUGGAGCUGCGUGCUCCGUGUCCGGCUGGGGUCUGCUGUGGCAAGGGCAUUUCCCCCAGGUCCUGCAAUGCGUCACCAUCCCGCUGAUGUCAGAGAACUCGUGCCGUGCCUCCUUCCCUAAACUGUACCACCCCAGCAUGGUCUGCGGAGGCGGCCGGGGCAUCCGGGACUCCUGCCAGGGAGACUCUGGGGGUCCCCUGGUCUGCAAUGGGACCGUGCAGGGGCUCGUGUCCUGGGGCCCAACCCCCUGUGGCCAACCUCACACACCCGGAGUCUACACCAACCUCUGUCUCUUCACCGAGUGGAUCCAGAAAACCAUCCAGGAAAACUAA